UCCCUCGGACACAGCAGAUCACUGAUCCACGGAAAGAGCCGAAGAUGUCGGCUCAGUCAUGUGAUCAGCUGUGUCCAAUCACAGCUGAUCGCAUGGGACAUGUACACAGAUCAUCAGAGCACUGAUGAUCAGUGUGCCCUGAUGAUCUGUGUAGCCCCAGCAGUGCCACCUGUCAGUGUCCAUCAGUGCCAGCUCUCAGUGCUCAUCCAUGCCACAUAUCAGUGCCUACCAGUGCACAUCAAUGCCACAUAUCUGGGCCCAUCUGAGCUGCCUUUCAGUGUCACCCAUCAAUGCCAAUCAGUGCCCAUCAGUGAUGCCUGUCAAUGCCCAUCAGUGCCACCUACCAGUGCCUCCUCAUCAGGGCCCAUCAGCCCCACCUAUCAG